CUCCGUGCAUGGAUUAAACAACACGUUAUUUAUUUGCUUCCUUUGGAUAUUAUUUGUUUUAUGAAAUGUACUGUGUGAUUGUCAUCUUUGAAUCAGUCUGCAGUGAAUGAAAGCAAACUGUGUGCUGUUUAAUUCCAUUCCACUGGUGCUCAGUUGUGGACAUCUGCCAGAUGAUCAAUAGACAGAUCAGUGUCAUGGUAACCAGAGACCCUGGCCCUCAGAAACACCAUUUGGCCCUCUGUGAUGAAGUCAGGUGUCACAGACCCCCGGUCUAUAGCACGCCUGAGAAGGACACAGAAGAUGGCAUCAGUGACCGACUCGCGUCUCCCGCCGUCACAGAAGGACGCGGCUGACCAAAACUUUGACUACAUGUUCAAAAUUCUGAUCAUCGGCAACAGCAGCGUGGGUAAAACCAGCUUCCUGUUUCGCUACGCGGACGAUUCCUUCACUUCAGCAUUCGUCAGCACGGUGGGAAUCGACUUUAAGGUCAAAACCAUUUUUCGCAACAACAAGAGGAUCAAACUGCAGGUUUGGGACACAGCGGGACAGGAGCGCUACAGAACCAUCACUACAGCGUAUUACAGAGGAGCCAUGGGCUUCCUGCUGAUGUACGACAUCACAAACCAGGACUCAUUCAACGCCGUUCAGGACUGGGCCACUCAGAUAAAGACGUACUCGUGGGAUAAUGCACAGGUGAUACUGGUGGGCAACAAGUGUGACCUGGAGGACGACAGACUCAUUCCCACAGAGGACAGCCAGAGACUGGCUCAGGAACUGGGUUUCCAGUUUUUCGAGGCCAGCGCCAAAGACAACAUCAACGUGAAGCAGGUUUUCGAGUGUCUGGUGGACGUGAUAUGUGAGAAGAUGAAAGAAAGUAUGGACGGAGACGGUCAGGUGUCCAACCAGAAAGACUCCAGUCCUCAGGACACGUCCCCUGAGGGACACAGCGGCUGUGUCUGCUAAAACACACUCAUCACACAGAGAACUCCUCCUCACCUGUUCACUGCGGUUGGGGAUGACCCUUGCUUUCCUUCUUUUAACCCAAACAGCACCUGCUGAACGUGCUCCGUGUUGUUUGUGGACGUGGAUGGUGGAGAUGGCCUGUGAUCUGGGUGACGUCCUGUAGAGAUACUGCACAGCUGGAGGCACUGCACAGCGUUUACCGGUCCAUCCACACCUGUGCUCACACUCUCAUCCUGUUCUCCAUCUUUUCUCUGUCUUUCCCUCAAACAAGCCACGUUUGGAUGGAUCUGUCUCUCUCAUCAGAUACUGUAACGUCCACAGCCCUGAGCGGGCAGCCUCUGUACCGUCUAUCUGCAUGUCCAUCUGCUUUAAACGACAGUCCUAACAGCUCAUUCAGGACUAUUAUGGAGAUAAAUACACUGUGUUUUUCUGAUAUGUGCGAUCAUGGGCUGUGGUUUAAAACGUAUGUGCAUCACUCACUGAGAAAUAUUCAAUCAAAUCUAUGUUUUACUGCUAUUUUUUUGUAUAAGUGUUUUCUUAAAUUAUAAGAUUGCAAAUAAACUAUCUGCAACCCAAAAUUACCUGUAUGCUGUCACAAUAAUUUUGG